GGAUUUACCUGUACAGGUGAGCUCGGGUGGGGUUACCUGUACAGGUGAGCUCAGGUGGGAUUUACCUGUACAGGUGAGCUCAGGUGGGGUUACCUGUACAGGUGAGCUCAGGUGAGGUUCAUUUCCUUUUUUGGGCUUCCCCCCUUCGAAUUUAAUGGAAUUUUGAUGGAAUUUGGGGAAAAUUGAGAGAAUUUUGAUGAAAUUUGCAGAAUUUAAAGGGAAUUUUUAGGAAUUUUAAUGGAAUUUUGGGGAAUUUUGAUGGAAUUUAGAUGAAUUUUGAGGGAAGUCGGGAAAUUUUAAAGGAAUUUUGGAUAUUUUUAGUGGAGUUUUGGGGAAAUUUUGAUGGAAUUUUCCGGAAUUUUGAUGGAAUUUCCAGGAAUUUUAAUGGAAUUUUUAGGAGUUUUGACAGAAUUUUCGGGAAUUUUGAUGGAAUUUUUAGGAAUUUUGAGAGGAUUUUUACGAAUUUCAAUGGAAUUUUCAGGAAUUUCGAUGGAAUUUUUAGGAAUUCAGGAGGAUUUGGAGCAGAAUUCCCGAAUUUUGGUGCAGAUUUUGCUGUUCCCGGGGAGAUUUUGGGGUUCUGGGCUGGAAUUUGGGGAUUCCCGAUGGAAUUUUGGGGAAUUUCGGGGGGGGUUAACCCUUUAUGCUCCAUCUCUCUCUCUCUGCUGCCUCUGAAGGACCCCAGGACCUGGCCGUCUCCGCUCUCCUGGCCGUGCUCUGGCUCGUGGCCUCCUCGGCCUGGGCCCAGGCCCUGCGGCACGUGCGGGCGGCGCUGGGCGCGCCCCUCCCCCACUGCCCCUCCCCCACUGUGGGCUGCGCCCCCGUCGGGGUCACCCCCAUGGGCAGCCUGGGGGCCUCCGUGGCCUUCGGGUUCCUCAACCUCCUGCUCUGGGCCAGCGGCUCCUGGUUCGUCUACAAGGAGACGCCCCUGCACCGCCCAGCCCCGCCCCCCGACCCCGCCCCCUCCCCCAUGUGACCCCGCCCCUCCCCCUCACUUCUGUAGCGGUGCCGGAUUUGGGGGCGGGGCUGAGGAUGGGGGGGCGUGGCCAGGCGUUGGGGGAGGGGCUUUGUGCACUGAGAUGGUGGGGUGGGGUGGGGGAGGGGCGGGGGGGUUGACGUUGACCUUGGGGAGCCUCGGUGGGUGACCUUGGGUUGACCUUUGGGUGACCUCAGCUGGCCUUGGGUUGGGCUUGACCUUGGGUUGGGCUUGGUUUUGUUAAUGGUUAAUUGGUGGUUAAUUGGGCUGACCGUUGGGUUGGUUUUGGGCUGACCACUGGGGUGGUCUUGAGAUGACCACUGGCAUGGUCUUGAGCUGACCGUUGGGUUCAUCUUGAGCUGACCGUUGGGUUGGUCUUGAGGUGACUGUUAGCUUGGUUUUGAGCUGACCGUUGGGUUGAUCUUGAGGUGACCGUUGGGUUCAUCUUGAGGUGACCAUUGGGUUGGUCUUGAGGUGACCGUUGGGUUGAUCUUGAGCUGACCGUUGGGUUCAUCUUGAGCUGACCGUUGGGUUGGUCUUGAGGUGACCGUUGGGUUGAUCUUGAGGUGACCGUUGGGUUGGUCUUGAGGUGACCGUUGGGUUGAUCUUGAGGUGACCGUUGGGUUGAUCUUGAGGUGACCACUGGGUUGAUCUUGAGGUGACCGUUGGGUUGGUCUUGAGGUGACCGUUAGCUUGGUUUUGAGCUGACCACUGGGUUGGUCUUGAGCUGACCAUUGGGUUGGGGUUGAGCUGACCAUUGGGGUGGUCUUGGGCUGACCAUUGGGUUGGGGUUGAGCUGACCACUGAGGUGGUUUUGAUCUUGAGCUGACUGUUGGGUUGGUCUUGAGCUGACCGUUGGGGUGGUCUUGGUCUUGAGCUGACCGUUAGCUUGGUUUUGAGCUGACCAUUGGGUUGGUCUUGAGCUGACCACUGGGGUGGUCUUGAGCUGAUCAUUGGGGUGGUUUUGAGCUGACCGUUGGGUUGGUCUUGAUGUUGAGCUGACCAUUGGGGUGGUCUUGAGCUGACCACUGGGUUGGUCUUGAGGUGACCGUUGGGUUGGUCGUGAGCUGACAGUUGGGUUGGUCUUGAUCUUGAGCUGACCGUUGGGUUGGUCUUGAGCUGACCACUGAGGUGGUUUUGAUCUUGAGCUGACCGUUGGGUUGGUUUUGAUCUUGAGCUGACCGUUGGGUUGGUUUUGAUCUUGAGCUGACCGUUGGGUUGGUUUUAAGCUGACCGUUGGGUUGGUUUUGACUUUGACCAUCGAUUGUCCGGUCUUGACUCGCGUUGGUCAUUGGGUUGGUUUGGACAUCACUGACCGUCGGUUGGGUUGUCCGAGGGUUGGGUUGAGUCGGCCUUAAGUUGAGUUUGGCUUUGAAUUGGAUGGAGUUGACGUUGGGUUGGGUUGGAUUGACCUUGGCUGAUCUUCAGUUGGGUGGACCUUGGCUUGGAUUGGGUUGAGUUGACCUUUAGCUUCAGUUGGGUUCGGUUGGGUUGACCUUGGUUGACCUUGGGUUGGGUUGGGUUGACCUAGGCUUGAGUUGGGUUGGGUUGGGUUGGGUUGGGUGGACCUUGAGUUGAGUUUGGUUGACCUUUGGUUAGGUUGGACUGACGUUGGGUUGGGUUGGGUUUGUUUGACCUUGGGUUGGGUUGAUUGGGUUGGGUUGACCUUGGGUUGGGUUGGGUUGACUUUGGGUUGGGUUGGGUUUGGGUUGAUUGACUUGGGUUGGAUUUGGUUGACUUGGUUGGGUUGGAUUGACCUUGGGUUGGAUUGAGUUGGCGUUGGGUUGGGUUGACUUUGAGUUGGGUUGGGUUGGGUUGAUUGACCUUGGGUUGGGUUGAUGUUGGGUUGGGUUGACCUUGGUUGACCUUUGGUUGGGUUUAGUUGACUUGUGUUGGGUUGGGUUGGUUUGGGGUGACUUCAGUUGACCUUUGGUUGGGUUGAUUGACAUUGGGUUGGGUUGGUUGGGUUGAUGUUGGGUUGGGUUGACUUUGAGUUGGGUUUGGUUUGAUUGAUUGACCUUGGGUUGGGUCAAUUUUGGGUUGGGUUGACCUUGGUUGACCUUUGGUUGGGUUGAUUGACAUUGGGUUGGGUUGGUUGGGUUGACUUCAGUUGACCUUUGGUUGGGUUGACCUUGGUUGACCUUGGGUUGGGUUGGUUGGGUUGAUGUUGGGUUGGGUUGACUUUGAGUUGGGUUUGGUUAGAUUGAUUGACCUUGGGUUGGGUUGAUGUUGGGUUGGGUUGACCUUGGCUGACCUUUGCUUGACCCCGCUCGGGUUCGCGGCCCCUGAUUGGCCCCACCCCCUCUUCCCUUCUCCCAUUGGCUCCUCCCCCGUGUGGGCGUGGCCAAACACUCCGGGAUCCCCUCCCCCCGCUGUGCAAGUGCCUCAAUAAACGGAAUUCUGGGAAAA